GAUACUCAUACACUUUACUCGCCACCCAGGGCUCUUGCUUGACAACGCUUGGUUGUUUACACUCUCUAUCCAUUGAUCCAUAAUAGAUUAGGACAGAGUAUGCAAACUUCUUCGACGCCUUCUUCUUUGACUCCAACUUACUUUCCAGUUGUCCAUUGCUCUUCUGUCAUUUUAGAAUAUAUUGCCUGAAAGCUCUGAAAUUCCACUGUAGGAAAAUAGAAAAUUUGGUGAAUACUUGAGGAAAAGAUAUCCAUUUCUGGGACAGUUUGACAUUAAGAGGCUGUAGAUAUAAGAGCCCAACACGUGUAAUUACGCCUUUUUGACCACUAGCUGCCAUUGUGAUAUCAAUAACGAUAUACAGGAUCUAAAAAGAAUUACUCGACUGGAUUCUCUCAAUCUUCAUACAAUCUGCAUUUCACUGUUGACCCCAUUGAUAUCAUUCAUCGUCCUGUGGGCAGCGCCUACGAUCUUUCGGAAUGGAUGCUAAACUCUACCCAUCAGCACACUAAACAGGAAAAUAUAAAAUACACUAUCUGGACCACGCCGGACCUUUUCUUUCACAAGGGCGUCGACUAGGCAGACGAUCACGAUGUUACGUAUCUUCGUGGUCUACAACAAGCUCCGUUACACCUUCGAUACGGAUGCUACCGAUACUAUCGCCACCCUGCGGGAGUCAGUAUGUGACACAUGCCAGAUUGAUACGAGAGGCGGGAAAAACGGAGAACAGAAAUUCGUGGUUCUGCAAUACCAGGGUGCUGACCUUCAAGAUACUUGGAAGCUAGGUGAUAUUGGGAUUGUAGCUGGUUCCACAUUGCGAUGCUUUCUUCGAGAAGAAAUCACUCCGAAGUUGUUCGUAUACUGUGUCUACAACGACGAGAAAGUUGAAAUACUCGAAGAAGUCCGAUUCGAUUCAGACUACGUAGCGGCGCUCCGGUCGAUCAUCUCCCGUCGUAUCGGCCUACCGGUUACCGUCUACCGUAUCCUUGAUCCGAACGGUAGAGAAAUGUACGACGGAAAUCUUCUUUCCAUGUACGAUAUCUCCCUCGGUUGCACAGUGCGUCUGGAGACGUGGGAUGGCUGGAAUGAUUUCCUCAGAGCCGCUUCUAUUGGCCACACCACACACGUGUCUCACAAUCUCUCUCAGGACGAAUCCAUAGCGAAAUUUCAGAUGCGGGUAGCUCUUUUUAUUGCAGCACACUAUGGACAUAUGGAUCUUGCCUCCGCCAUUUUGAAAAUGGGUUACAGAUCGGAUGAGGCUGUGGGUGACCAUCCUACAAAGGAAUGGUGCGCAAGUACACACAUCGAAUCAAAGAAAACAGCGGUUCAUGAGGCUGCCGAGCACGGACAAUUGAGUAUCUUAAGAAUAUUUGUCUACAACAACAUCUGUUGCGUGACUUGUAAAGAUGGCAACGGUCUCACAGCUCUAAAUGUUGCACUCAGGAAACAAAAGCGUGAGGUCGCUCUCUAUCUUCUCACAAAACAAUGGUCAAAUGUGCAAUAUAGUGCCUUGAUACUGCCCCUUACAAUUUAUUCCCAGGUUCGAAAGUGGUGCGACCGGGCCAAGGACAAAGUUUUGUUGGUACAUGGUCCAGACAAGUCGAGUAUGAAAUAUAAGAGAACAACGCGGCAGCCAGGAGGUCUUUGUGGGGAAGGGGUUUAUGUUGAUGGAUUGGUCAAAAGCAGCCUGAAUACGAAUCCCAAGCGUGGAUCUGAGAUAAGUAAGACCAAAAAGAAGAAGCAAAGAGAACAGAGAAGAUUAACGACGGCAAUGACCAGUUUUACAGGCGCAACGGGUUCUUCGUCACCGGAUCCUAGGCUUCCAAGGAUAUCUGGUGUCAGGACACCUACCCUUGUUGCAACAUACCGUGAAAGACUUCGAAGAAAAAAUGAAGAUGAGGAUGAAUAUGAAGGAGAAAUGUCAAAUGAGGAUGGUAGAUUUGCAGAUCUUCGGGAAAAGCUGAGACCAAGAAGCAAAAGCUUCAACCAUGAAAGGACACUUGCUCUGCCACAGAUUGGUCAGAAGCCUCGACCUCGUAGUUCAUCGCAACAAGAGAAUGGCCUUGCGGACAUUCGAGCAGUAAGUGCCGCUCCCAGUUCAAUAGACAUUGGUACAGAACGAGGAAAGAUGGCAUACAUCCAGACUACUGGGACUGGGAGCAGAAGGUCUCGAAGACCGAAGCAACAGCAGAUUUCAGAAUCCAUGCCUGCCAAACCUAUCUUGGUCGAACAUAAACCAUCGAUAGAAAAGAAAGAAUCACGCUUCGACCGAAUGGAAAAGUUUAGAAGACAACGGAAGAAAGCUAGCAAGAUGGAUAGUAGUAUUCCACUCCCACCAGUCAGUAAAAACACUGUCCACCGGCCGUUUUUCUUCGCCCAGAACGAGGAUGAUAAUAUCCCUCGACUCACGGUAGAUCUGUACGAUGAAGUAAAUGGGAAGACAACCUGGGAGCGCGCUCUCGAAGCGCUCACCAUUGCGUCGGUGUUCGAAGAAAAACCGUGGUUGCAACGCGUCAGGAUGGCCAUGGUCUUGUCUAGGAAUCACGUACGAAGGAUAAAGAGUCUCCAGCGAUCACCGUCGAGCAACGGUAAUAUAAAAAGUGCUCUGAGCGGUAGGAGUAGCUCGAAAAAGGUGACUGUUACUGAUGAACAUGCGGUCGAUCACGAAGGCGUAACGUCAAGAGGUGGUGGCCGAGUAGAAAGUAAAGAGCAAAAUAUAAUCACUUCUGCUGUGGAUCAUUCUCAAGAAACAUCGCGUGCAACCGAAGUGAACUAAGUUUUUGACUGUAAUGUAUUCAAAUUGAUUUUGUGGAUCAAAACAUUUCAUUCAAGCAAAGCCGUAGGCUUAUAC